AUGACGCGACACUUGCGUGCUGCAUUGUCGGCGCUUUUCUUGAUACUUGCAUCAAACCUGGUCCUAGCGCAAGAAAUUCACAAUCAAGUUGAAGGAAGAGAUGUUCACUCAUUCGAAAAGAGAGAAACCUUCAGAGUCUGGAACCGAGAGCGAAAUGGACAUGCGUGCAUCAUGUCUAUCGUCUUCAUUGUCCUCUAUCCUUUGGGAGCAAUCUCAGUCCACCUCCCCAUCGAGCAGAUCCCUUAUCUAAGAAACACCUAUCUCCGAAAUAAAAUCAUGGCCAUACAUGCACCCAUCCAAAUCAUAGCAUUCCUCAUGAUGGUUGGCGGCAUGGCUCUCGGCAUCAGGGUCGCCAAAUACGUGGGAUAUCUCCAUAACCCUGUGCAUGCACAUUGCAUCAUAGGCUUCAUCGUCGUCUGCACACUCAUACUCUUUCAGCCAAUCCUGGGUAUCUUGCAGCAUCGGCAUUUCAAGAGAACUGGCCGCAAGAGCAUAUUCGCUUAUGUGCACCGCUGGAUAGGACGAGUCGCCAUCAUUACGGGCAUCAUUAACUCUGGGUUGGGCUUCCAGCUGGCAAAAAAGAAUGUGAUUAUUCACACCCAUUCUUAUGUCAGAAACUACGUGAUUGCAGGUAUAUUGCUACCUAUCUGGAUAGGCUUGAUUAUCUGGGACGAGUUGAGGUCACGCAAAUCGAGAGCGGUCCCGGAUGGAGGUGAAAAGGGAGCUACUCAGCAACAGGAGCAAAAGUAG